CUCUGACUCCGCCCAUCGCGGGGAGCCGGGAUCGCGCAGGGUCAAGUUCGCCUUAGACCCGCCCUCUCACCCCCAGCGCGGGGGCGGGGCGGGAAGGUCCCGGGCUCCUCCACCGUGAAGGGCGGUGCUUGCGGAGCCCUGUAGCAGUCCCCGCCAGGCUACGUGCUGAGUCGCGGGCGGGCAGAGACCCCUGGUUCUGCGCGUCCGAGCCCGCAGUUCCCUGUAGGCCUCCAACGCACGCCGAGUGUCUCUGCGGAGCCCCGCAACGCGCAGGCAGGGUGGCUGCUGCAGCAGAUGUUAAUGUGCCUGAUAAGAUGAAGAGUCGAAUCCCUGUGGUGCUUCUGGCCUGUGGCUCCUUCAACCCCAUCACCAACAUGCACCUGCGCUUGUUUGAGGUGGCCAGAGACCAUCUUCACCAAACAGGCAGGUACCAAGUGGUCGGGGGUAUCAUCUCUCCUGUCAAUGACAACUACGGGAAGAAAGACCUCGUGGCUGCCCGGCACCGGGUGGCCAUGGCCCAGCUGGCCCUGCAGACAUCUGACUGGAUCCGGGUGGACCCCUGGGAGAGUGAGCAGGCACAGUGGAUGGAGACGGUCAAGGUGCUGAGGCAUCACCACGGCGAACUGCUCAGAGCUCUGCCCCGGACAGAAGGCCCCGACCAAGUCAAGGCUGUCACUCCAGCCCCUGCAGCUGUGCCCGAGCUGAAGCUCCUCUGCGGGGCAGAUAUCCUGAAGACCUUCCAGACCCCCAACCUCUGGAAAGACGCGCACAUCCAGGAGAUAGUGGAGAAGUUCGGCUUGGUGUGCGUGGACCGGGCAGGGCAUGACCCAAAGGGGUACAUCUUGGGCUCGCCCAUCCUGCAGAGACACCAGGACAACAUCCACCUGGCCAGGGAGCCUGUGCAAAAUGAGAUCAGUGCCACGUACAUCAGGCGGGCCCUGAGCCAAGGGCAGAGUGUGAAGUACCUGCUCCCUGAUGCCGUCAUCACCUACAUCAAGGAGCACGACCUCUAUACCAGGAACACCGGCCAGGAGAGAAAUGAAGGGCAGCCUAGCAGAGGAGGCCCGGCCCCUCCUCCUCUUCCCAGCUCCUCCUGAGGUCUUCAUUUUCCUAAGUUUUUCCGCUUGUCAUUUGGUUCAUUUCAACAAUGGUUUUGCUUCUGAGGAGUCUUCUGGCCCAGGAAGAGAUCCCUUCUUUGGGAAGGAGCUGGUAAAUGGCAGUUAUGGUUGCAUGUGGUCCUGCACAUGACCAGGGUCCUGGAGGUGGGAGCAGACUUGCCCACAAAGCGCAUUUUUUUUUUUAACCAGAACCAGGUGCAGCUUGCCCGUUUUGAUUGGAGAGACUUGAUGGAUGCUAAUUACCGGACAGUGGGCUUUGUCAGUGCCUUGUUUCAACAAAAUAAUACUCAUUGAGGAGCACAAAAUUUGAAAGCAGCACUUUGCUGAUUGACAUUGAAUCUCCCAACAGUUGUCUCUCUGCCUACUGGCCAUUGAUAAAAUUUAAACUAAAAUCUUUCUAAGUAGUGAUCCUCAAACAAUAUUUUUGGUAGAGUAUACAUAUGUAUUUUUAAACACAGCUAUUCUAUAAAUGUCAGGGGUCCUGAUUCCCAGAUUUCUAAAAAAGAACUGAGGUAAAACAGAUGCCUUCCCUGUUUUAGAGGAUCACUGUGAAUGUUUUAUGACUGCCUGCCUGUUUGAAUAUUGGCAAAGGGAUAAAUAAUAAAUGGACAUCAAAAAGUA